CCGCCGCAGCAGCGGCAGCAGCAGAGCAGUGGCAGCAGCUACAGCAGCGGCAGCAGCGACAUCAGCCGUCGCAGCCGUACCCGUGCCUGCAUUCCCCUCUCCCCUCUCCUCGCAGCACGGCAGCAGCUACAGCAGCGGCAGCAGCGGCAGCGGCAGCAGCAGCAGCAGCAGCGGCAGCAGCAGCAGCAGCGGCAGCCGUGCCAGCCGCACCCCAGCAGCAGCAGCAGCAGCAGCAGCAGCAGCAGCAGCAGCAGCAGCGGCAACAGCAGCAGCAGCGGCAUCCCCGGCAGCAGCGGCGGCACCGGCAGCAGCGACAUCAGUGGCAGCAGCGGCAGCCGUGCCAUCCACACCCCUUGCUGCAGAUCGCUCCGCCAUCAACUGGCACUCGUUCGUCGGCAGCAUUCGCCGUGUCCUUCAAGACGCCUUCGCUGGACCCUACUGCGUCCUUGACGUUCUCCUUCGCCGUCCUCAGGUCCUCCAACCGACCGCACCCAAUCACCCUGGCGAGCCUCCCCCUCUCCCUUCCCGCCCUGGCCCCCCUCCUCCUGAGCCUAACAUGUCCGUGGCCGCUACCCCUGAGCUUCAGGCCGCUGCGGACGCCACCUUCCUCCACAACCGCCGUGAAUACUUCAUCCGCAAGGUCGACCAUGACGUUGCUGUGCUCAACUACGAGUUUGCAUCGUCAGAGCGUGCCACUCGCCUGGAGCUGAUUGCGGAGUACAACACCUCCAUGGCGGCUUAUGUCCCCAACAACAUCGCCUGGGCCGCUGCCGACAACCGCGCUUGCACCAUCCUCCUCGGUGCACUCCCCGACGCCCUCAUGCGCCGCUUCCAAGCUCGCGAGAUGCGCGCUCACCUCAUUUGGACCGAGCUCCAGUCUAUGUUCGAGCGUCGCGACAUCAGCUCCGUCGGCGUUCUGUUCCAGGAGUACUUCUCCAUCACCCUUGCCACCUGCGACGGUGCAGUCGACUAUGUCGGGCGCAUGCAGGAGGUCGCAGAUCGCCUUGCCGCUCGCCAGGCUGCCUUUUCUGAGCCCCUGCAGAUCCACCGUUUGCUCUUCAACCUCACGCCAGACUAUGAGUCCCGCCUUCACGCCUUCACCGAGGCAAACCCCUUGGCUGGCCUCCCCGAAGUGACUCAGUGGAUCAUUGACACGGAGGUCAAGCUCCGCAACCCCAUUGUCAACCUCACCACCACUCACUCCUCCACCUCCCUCAAUUCCACGCAGCCGCGCACCCAGGGUGGUCGCAACGGCGGCGGAGGGGGUCGUGGAGGGGGCAGAGGUGGCAGUCGGGGUGGUGGCGGUGGUGGCCGUGGUGGUGGUGGUGGUGGUGGUGGUGGUGGUGGUGGUGGUGGUGGUGGUGGUGGUGGUGGUGGUGGUGGUGGUGGUGGUGGUGGUGGUGGUGGUGGUGGUGGUGGUGGUGGUGGUGGUGGUGGUGGUGGUGGUGGUGGUGGUGGUGGUGGUGGUGGUGGUGGUGGUGGUGGUGGUGGUGGUGAGGCUCCUCUAAUGCUGGUGGUGCUGUGA